UGUGGGUCUCGCUCUCUAAGUCGGCCUGGUUUGCUACGGUGCAGCUACUUGUUCUUCCUCAUGUUCCCGUGUUUAUUUGCUGAGCGCAGCGGUUCGCACAUCAGGGCGUGGUCACGGCCACAAUUUUCACUUUCGUUUGGCAGUGACGUUAAGACGUGGGAGCGCUGGCAUCGCCCGCCCGACCGCUCGCAGGCACACUAACUUUCCUUUCCACGCACCGACUCGACUGCCAGGUCAAGUGCCCAAGUCAAGUGCUCCUCGAGACCCUUCCUGCCUUGUCGUCUCCCACGUGUGUGGCCCAGCACGAGCGGGUCACCUACAGAAGCAGCGUUUCCAGCGGUGCGCCGGCUCGUGUGCUCCGCUAACCGAGAGGGAAGUGGCUCCAUUCCCGCCGGCGAACACGACGAGUCGAGCGUCAUGAUGAGAGUGAGCGCCGCUCUCUGCGUGUGCGCGCUGCUCGUGCACUGCGCCUCUUCAGGACGGGUUCUGAGGAGGAUAAAGGAGCGUGUGCACAGGAUCCGCUAUGAGGAGGCCAAACGGCAUCUGCUGCUACUUCCGGCUGUUGGAAAACAAUCUAUAUCCACAGCCAAGGAGGGUUACGUUCCCCAGCCCCUCGACCACUUUGACAGCCAGUGCAUAGAGACUAUUCCUCAGAGGUUCUUUGUCAAUGAGGCAUUCUGGAAGCGUCCCCAUGGUCCAGUUUUCCUCUACAUCGGUGGAGAGAGUGCAAUCUUAGAGACCUCUGUACUGCUUGGCCACCAUGUGCAGAUGGCAGAGGACAAUGGGGCCCUGCUGGUGGCACUGGAGCACAGAUUCUACGGGAAGAGCAUCAGCCCCAACGGCCUGCAAAUAGAGAAGCUACGCUUCCUCUCUAGCCAGCAGGCUCUGGCUGAUCUGGUGGCGUUCCAUCGCUACAUCGGUGAGCGCUACUCCCUGACUCACAAGAACACAUGGAUCAGUUUUGGGGGCUCCUACCCAGGAGCAUUGUCUGCAUGGUUCCAUGGCAAGUUUCCUCACCUCGUCUAUGGAGCGGUGGCCUCCUCUGCCCCUGUGAAAGCCAAACUGGACUUCUCUGCAUACAACAAGGUAGUGGGUGAAAGUCUUAAUAAUGAAGCCGUUGGGGGUUCGGAGAAGUGUGUGAACGUGGUGUGGGAAGCCUUUGCAGCAGUGGAGGCAGCCCUGAUGGGAGGCAAUGGGACCCAAGCUGCCAAAGAUUUUGUGUGCUGUGGUCCGCUGGAGACGUUCAAGGACCAAAUUGAGUUGGUUCAAAGUCUGGCCGACAUCAUCAUGGGAAUCGUGCAAUACAAUAAAGAGUGGGACUUCAUGAGCAUCGCUGAGCUCUGUAGCAUCAUUACCAAUCGGAGCGAAGUGAUCGAGCAGGAGGCAGAGGCCUACAAGAGGCUUGUCAAAUUAGCAUCGAUAUACCGGGAGAGACAGAAGCAGUCCUGCUUGCAGACCUCCUACAAGCGUGUUGUAGAGGAGCUGAAGAACACCAGCAUACAGACCACCGGUGUGGGCGAGCGCCAGUGGUACUACCAGACAUGUGCAGAGUUUGGCUUCUACCAGACCUGUGAAGAUGCCAACUGCCCCUUCUCCCGCAUGCUGACCCUGCAGUCGCAGACAGAACUCUGCCCCCUGGUGUUUGGCAUAAGUGAGAGUAGCCUGCCGUCCCACAUCGCCUUCACCAACCGGUAUUACGGGGCCGACCACCCCCAGACGCGCCGGGUACUCUAUGUCAAUGGUGAUAUCGACCCGUGGCAUGAGCUUAGUGUGCUGCCCAGCGGAAGCAAGGGUGUCAGUAACAGAUCCAUCCUCAUCAAUGGCACUGCUCACUGUGCUGACAUGAAUCCUCACAGGGAUGGAGACCCCACUGCCCUCAAAGAGGCCCAGAAGGAGAUUGAGAGACACGUGGCCCUGUGGCUGAAGACGGCCGCGUGGGAACUCAUGUGACGCCUCGGCCCGACCUUGUAGCUGGCUCCUCCCGGCUACCCCAAGGGUCAUGGCGCGCCACCAUUUCCAUGGGAAAUUCCAUCAGAAAUGUAUUGCCAGUCCUUCACAAAGGAGUGUGUGUGUGUGUGUGUGCGUGUCUGCGCCCGCGACUUUGGGCCGUUAGUAUUUUGCAGAGAGUUGCGUGGCUCAGAGAAGCCUUUAUAAAUGAUUAUGACUAGUGACUUCCUCAUAUGAUUAAGAAUGCCCCUGAGGGCAAAUGGCAUUCUGGGAAAAGCCUGUUUCAGAAAUAUAACAUCAUUUCUAUCCUCACCAUCCAUGCAAAAGAAAAAGGGCUCCAGUGCAAAAGUUAUGUGUGUAGCAUUUUUAAGUUUUUUACAGAACGAAACUAUAGGGUUUUUAUACAGUGUUCAGAAAUGAGCGUCACAUCCCUCUAUUGCACUAAGUUAUGUUUUGUAAUUUGUAGUUGGAAUUGUGCCAGUUAUAUUGUGCAUGAAGUACUUUUCUUCAGAUAACUCAGUACACUUCAGUUUGAAAUGGACUUUCUUUUCCCCCCAGUUGCAUCAGAGAAUAAUUAUGAUAUAUGUAUGCUGUAAGGUGUACAUUUCAACCUUGACUCAAGAUAACAUUUACAACAAGAACCUCAUCAAUGUAUCACCUCUAUGGGUGUGCGAGCAGGAGUUUUGGUUCGAGACCAAUGAGAGGUCUGCGUUGCGAUGUAGUUGCUUCCUAUUCCAGAGCGUAGUGCUGUUGCUCAGGGUAUGUGAAAAUCCACAGCGUGUAACAAUCUGCCCUUUUCCGAACUAAUACAAAGUCAUGUAAACAGCUGGUUUCCUGUCCUUUUCCAUUUAGUUUCUGUUAAUGCACUCUUACGAAGUCUCACACGUUUGUUUUCCGCAAGUUUUAGGCCCAUUACUAACAACUCCCCAUUUUAAUAAAAAAUGAGUUUCAUUUGUUUGCAUAACUGUUGCUUGUUUUAAAAACAGGUGUUUGUAUUUUGGGGGGCAUGGUGGCGUGGCAGGUUCAGCUGGCGAUUGCUGUGUGGCGGGUCUGGGGUUCGAGCCCUGCUUGGGGGCUUUGCGACAUUCUGGUGUCUUAUCCUGGGUGUGUCCCCUCCCCCUUCGACCUGAAUGGUAACGAAUCGAAGCUUCUGUUUCUCAUAAGCUGCAUUUACCUACUUUUCUUCCAACUUAGUUGUGGCAGGUUGUUUUCAUUUUUAUGUUUUAUAUAAGCACAACCAAAGCAAAGCACUUGUUCUUAUGUGCAUGCGGUGCACUACCUGCGUCUUUUCACUCUACGGAGGGAAAGGUUUCAUGAGGUGAUGUGUCACAGGCUGGGGCUGAGCCAUCUGCAGCUCUUAGGAGGAGACCAUCCCAGCCACUGCAUCCACCCAAAGCCUGUGUAUCGUUGCUUCUUCCUCACAGAUAGCUGAUGUAGAACGGGAAUGAUUCAUACUCGGGUCACCACCGUGGGAAACGGGGCAGUUACCUGCUGCAGGGUGGGGAGGUCCUUCCAGGGCAUCUGGUGGCCCCUUGAGGGUGCAUUUUUUUAAAGUGGGUUAUGAAUAGUGUCUGGCAAUCCUUUCAUUCCCUUUAUUAAUAACACUGCAGUCAUACAGGAUUGUAAGACUGAGUUUCUCCAAAACAGAAAGAACGUGCUGCACUGGACAUAGUUGUUGCAAAGAAAAAGCCCAUCAAUGGAAAUGGGAGCAUUUUUCCAUUAUGCAAAUAAUGUGUCUUUAAACAUCUGACCAUAAGGUAAUGAAUGUAGCUCAGAAUGAAGCAAAAUACCAACUUAACAGAAAUUCGAGAACAAGUUAACACUACGAAGCACGCCGAUAUCACAUGUGAGAAAGAUUUUUUUUGGGAGGAAUUGGACUAAUGAGCGAAAUGUUGCAGGUGCAAAUGUCAAAAACAGCCACAUAAUUACAUCUUCGCACAAAGUACUUAAACCGCUACAGGAAAUAUCCAGCUCUGUGGGUGAAAUCGUAACUACAGAAUUUUAGAUGAGAGUACAAACAAAAUAAAUCCUCGCAUUGUACAGUCUGCAAGACUCUACUUUUUUAAGGAUGAAUGGUGCCUCGGGGCAAUCCAGCUCUCCAUGAUUAUGUAUAGAUGAGGAUAAGAUAUAUGAGAGUGACUGCAAUCUGGCCAAACCAGGGAGACAUGGACCAGCCACGAUUGGUCACCAAGUGGCCGCUGAUACGUCAAAAAGGAAAAAAUAUUACCGUGUGGGCUGCUACCUUGAGGAAUGAAACUGCUCGGCACGCUCCCUCGGAUGGGCCGUAUAAUACAGCACACCUGCAAGCGUUUUUAGAUGAAAAGAGGAGGCAAAGGCAAAAUGUCUUUGUUCCCUGGGAGACCCUUGGAUCAGGGUCAGGAGGCUCUCGACUAUUUAUAAUGCUAAGCUCUACCUCUGUCUUAACAGGGAGUGGCUCACAGUUCAUGUGCGUAUGUGAAUUGUGGUCAUCUUCCUAUAUCGUCCUUUCGUGG